AAUUUUUUUACGCUUCUUUUAGGCUUCGGUGUUUCAAUUUUCGCCUCCUAGACGUUUUGUUCACGUUUCUAUCACCCUUUCCUUACAUUCGACUUAUGCUCCAAAUUUUAUUUUCACCAGAAUUCAGUAUAGUUCAGUUUGACUAAGAGAAGCUCACUCUGUUGAAAAACUUCAUUUGGCGCCUUACGGACGCCGAAAAGUCUAAUCAGACCCCUCACGUGACUGCCAUUACGUGGCGCUGAGGUAGUGCUCGCUCUCUCUCUCUUGCCGUUGCACGGCGUAGUGACUAGUGGGCUCUCUCGCCGUUUCGCGGCCAUUGUAAUCCACGAUUAGAAGCAUCUUCGGAUAAAACGAGAAGUAUUUGUGAACUGUGUUCGUUGGCCUGCUACCGAUUUCUAAAGAAGGACGGAUUGUCCUCUAGAGGUUCGUCUCCGAGAAUCUUGAGAAUCACGAAAGCGCAAGAGACCUGUUCGACUUCCUGCUUGGUUAGCCUGACUCAAAGGCUCGCUUUCUACGCGGUGAACAUCUCAUACUUUACAAGUCCGAAAUCAGAAUGGCAGGAAAAAAAAUGCGUGACUAUGUUCUCGUAAAAUUUAUUGAAGAAGAUUUGAAAUGUAUAUCAGACGAAUCAGAAACCGUAGAUGUUGUUCCCAAAGCUUGGCUACGUUAUAAUAAACAAAUUAAUAAGUUAGUUACUCCUUUUCCUUUUCCGCCGUAUACAUAUCAAAAAAUAAAAGAUUUACAUUACAAAGUUAUAAAUCUUCAAGAAGCUGACCAAAAAUGGUCAAUGUAUCCGAUAAUUGUUGUAGGCCAUGCAAGUUCAUAUGACGAGGCUUCACUUAAGCUAAACGAACUUAAAGAGAAACCCUACACGUUCACAGAUGAGGAAAAUCCUGACCAAGUAUCAAAUGCAAUAAUGCAAGAAAUUAAAGAUCAUUAUAAAUCAAGCGAUUCUGAAGUACCAUCAUUAAAUACAACUGAUGAGAAAAAAAAAAAGAAAAAAUUGUCAGCCAAAAACACGAAAAAAAGUAAUGCAACUGAAACAAUCCCUCAAGGUUCAAAACGAAAAAUUGACUUUAAAAAAAAACAAGAAAUGCAUUCGCAAGAGACAGUAAAAGAGAAUUCCAAUCCAGUUGUAAGUGACGAAAUAAGCUUGAACACUAUUAAAAAAGUUUUAAAAUCAAUGCAUAGUGGUAUUAACGAAAUAAAAGCUGACAUUAUCUUCAUAAGAACUGAGAUAAAGGACAUAAAACUAUCCUUAAAUGUCGCUCCUCGACAAACGGAAGGUGCACUAGUGGCCAACAUGUAUAUGUUGAAAUCAAAAUAUGCACUUAACAUUCCUAUAUCAGAACUAGAGGAAAUAGAAACAUUGGAUAAUAAAAUAGAAGACGAUGCUGAAUUUGCCGCAGAUUUCAAUACUGCGCUGCAUAGCAUUUAUGUGGAAAAUGUAACUCUCACGAAAAAUUUGACUAAUAUUUUGAAAGUGUAACACGAUAUGU